GAAGGCUAUGAAGGCAGCGAGGCCGAAGCCUAAGUUGGACACUACCUUUGAUUGCCCAUUCUGCAAUAGUGAGAAGUGUAUAGAGGUCCUGAUGGAUCGACAUAAGAAGAUAGGGACUCUGCGAUAUCUUCACGAGCCGGUCGAUGUAUAUGCUCAUUGGGUGGACCAGUGUGAGGAGCUGAAUCAGCGUGAGAGGGAGGAGAGUUCAUCCAAGAAACGAAGGCUGGAUGAUGAUUCUGUCUCGGAAUCCGAGUCCGGCGAGAGCGACUAUUAG